UGAUACAACCACCUCCACGAAUGGGGACAUAUGGAUAUCAGGAGAACACUGGCAGUGUCCCCAAAGGAGUGAAUCCUUACUCUAUGAAAGCAAGUGAAUAUUGCUUUAGAAUACAUGUGGUUUAACCAAGACCGUGUCAGCCAAUCAUAGAUGUCCCUGGUGGUCUCCUGCUAACACCUUUCCCACUACCAGCAGGUCUAUGGGGCAGCAGAUACCCUACAAUGCAUUACAAUGAUGGGACCAACUCAAAGCCUCAACGCCGUGGGCCUGGACUGCUUCCUAGACAGCUCUCUGGCUUGCUCCCUCCUUCACACUUUGACCUCAUGGCACCAAUGGUUGUACCACCUGACACUCUACCCUACUGAGGUAACCUGCUGUUCCUGGCUGUGGUCAGCCAUUUUGGGGCGAAGCUGCACCGGCCCAGGUUCAUUGCUAUGGGCUGUUUCCUCAUGGCUGUAGGAUCCUUCCUCACAGGCCUGCCACACUUCUUCAUGGGACGGGAGAAAAUCAAGUGAGUUUGACAAACUCCAGAAGGAGAACUCACAGAUGAAGAGCGUCAUCGAAAACCUGAGGAAGCAAAACAUGGCUUUAAACCAACAGGAUGACCAGGACAAGUUUUCAAGUUUUGGCUAUCAGGAGAGCUACCCAAUCCCAGAGGGCCAUCGUGGCUUCAUCAGUGAUGCCAGACUUCUGCAGAUGCAGAGAGCUGAGAGAGAAGCCAUGGAAGCAAAGCAAAGAAAGAUAAGUGCUAUCCAUGAGAAUUAUGUCCGGACUGCUCUCAUCGGGGUUGGCAGCCCCUUUCGCGCACCACUUCGUCCCCUCUAUUCAGUGCAUUCCGCGGCCGAAAGCUCCACAGAGGCCUUUGCCACGAAGGUUUGAACACACAGCUCUGGCCCCACUGAAGAACGUGGUGGGGGUGGACGGAGCCCAAGUUCGAUCCGGAUCUCACUCUCUGGAGUACAUCCAGGUAAAUAAGUCAUUCAGCAGCAGUAGCGUGUGGCCUGUUCCCGUCCCUCCCACUGGAGCUCCCUCCAAGAGGGGCAAGAAGAAGAAGGGCAGGCGGGGAGUCAAAGCCCUGAAAGCCCAGUCGGACCAGGGCUGUACUGACAACAACGGACCCAUUGACCUGAUGGAGGAGGUGAGGGACAUCGAGGCUCACCUGAAGGAGGAGGCCUGGAAGGUGGUACAUGAGGUGAAGGCCAUGGGCAGGAGAAGUUUGGGCUCGGACAUGUCCAUGGGGGAAAUAGCCACCAGCUCUCUGGGAAGCCUGAGCUCAGUGGAUAUGAACACCCCUGCGGAGCUCCGUGACUACUUGGAUGUCGGGACCCCGGUCAAGUCGCUUGACAGCCCACCCAGGCCUGCUCCCCCUCCUACCAAGCCCAGGAGCAAACAGCCUCGGCCUAUAAGGUUCCUUAGCCUGCCAAAGGCUGCCACCGGCUCAGACAAGAUGGCAGCCAGUGAGCCAAAGGGUCAAAUUAAGAACCAGGCCAGAUUGCAGCCCCUGUCCAACCCAGAGCAGGCCCUGACUAAGACCUUCAAGCUGCUCCACUCUGCCUCUGAUGACUGGGAGAAGAAGAUUGAGGGCUUGACCUCUCUCCGUGUGAUGGCUCAGAACCACAUGGACAUACUGAUGCCUAAACUCCAUGAUAUUUGCCUUGCCAUUAUAAAUGAGGUGAAGAACCUGCGCUCUGCAGUGUCCUGUGCUGCCAUGGCCACACUGGGUGACAUGUACGUUCACCUCCAGAGGGCCAUGGACAGUGAGGUGGAGGGGACGGCACGCAUGCUGCUGCACAAAGCCAGCGAGGCCAACGCCUUCAUCCGGCAGGGCGCCAACUUUGCCCUGGGUCACAUGGUGCAGAGCUGCACCCCUACCCGUGUCAUGAAUGCCCUGCUGGUCGGUGGGCUGAGGUAAAGAGGGAGAGGGGUCAAUUAACACUCACUAAGGG